UGGUGACGGCGGCGGCGAGAGGAUGAACAACAAGUUCGACGCAUUGAAAGAUGAUGACAGUGGGGACCACGAUCAGAAUGAAGAAAACAGCACACAGAAAGAUGGUGAGAAGGAAAAAACGGAACGAGACAGGAGUCAGAGCAGCAGCAAGAGGAAGGCUGUUGUCCCUGGGCCAGCAGAGCACCCCCUGCAGUAUAACUACACUUUCUGGUACUCCAGGAGAACCCCUGGCCGUCCCACCAGCUCACAGAGCUACGAACAGAAUAUCAAACAGAUUGGCACCUUUGCCUCUGUGGAGCAGUUCUGGAGGUUUUACAGCCACAUGGUACGUCCCGGGGACCUGACAGGCCACAGUGACUUCCAUCUCUUCAAAGAAGGAAUUAAACCCAUGUGGGAGGAUGAUGCAAAUAAAAAUGGUGGCAAGUGGAUUAUUCGGCUGCGGAAGGGCUUGGCAUCCCGUUGCUGGGAGAAUCUCAUCCUGGCCAUGUUGGGGGAACAGUUCAUGGUUGGGGAGGAGAUCUGUGGGGCUGUGGUCUCUGUCCGGUUUCAGGAGGACAUUAUUUCAAUAUGGAAUAAGACUGCCAGCGACCAAGCCACCACAGCCCGCAUCCGGGAUACGCUUCGGCGAGUGCUUAACCUACCUCCCAACACCAUUAUGGAGUACAAAACCCACACCGACAGCAUCAAGGAGGGGGAGAGGAGGAAGCCAGAGCUGGCCUGGGCCGGACAGCUGGAUAGCCAGAGAAUGAUUCCCUGAAGACCGUGAUGUAAAGAUGUUAUCAUUUCCUUCUAAAUGAUCUGUUACAUCAUUGAAAGCCAUUGAACAAACCCAAACCCAAACCCAAAAACCUUCCCAAUAGUCUGCACAUUGCUAGGUGCUUGGAGGGUCUAGCUUUCCGGAGCUCAGUCUAGAGUGUCUAAAUUUUAGUUUGCUUUUAAAAGAAGAGAAGCCCAUCUUUUAAAAAGAAAAAAAAAAAAAAAGAAAAAUUGAUUGUGGCCUCUGCCACUUCCUGUCUACCUUCUCUCUUUCUCCUAAUCUCUCUGUGCCCUGCAGCCUGGGGUGAGGGACAUAACUGAGGAUUAGUUCCCAGCUGGUUUGAGGUGAACACAUUCCUCAGACUAAAUUUGGCACCAAGCUCUUCUCAACCCACUUUUUUUUUUUUUAGAAAGGCUGGACCUGAGCCGCCAGCUGCCACCCGCCUGCUUCAGCCUGUCAUUGUCAGGAGCCUGUUGCCCACCCUCAUUGCUCUUUGUUUUUCUUUAUAUCAGACUCUUUUUGGAAAAACUCAGCUGGAUUCUCCUGGCUCUGUUACUCUGUCACUCCCCAUUUCCAUUUUACAAAUAAACCUUAGAAUGAUUCUGACUUCUUAGAGAUUUCUGACUAUGAAGAGAUCUGUGGCAACAGAAUUAGAAUCAAUAUUACGUAUCUUAGUGGGAAGGUGCUAUAGAGCCCUUCAGCUUACCUGCCACCGGGAGGGUUUGUUCUGGCCCAGCCCCAGCACAGUGCAGGAGUUCUCCAGAACGCAGGUGGCCUGCGUAUGGUGAUGAUUAAUCCUAAAGAUUCUCUUCUUUACAUCACUAAACAGCAGAAAGGGCUGAGUCCAGAUAUUUGCCUGCCAUCUCUCUUACUCCAGAUAAGACAGAUAAUUCUCCCACAGUCAGAAGAUUCUCUGACUCUACCUUCCCACACCCCUGGCUUUCUAGUCUCCCUGCUGGUUGACUUUUGUGAUCCAAUUGAUCUGUAGGGACAGAGAUGGCAUCAAAGGGGAAGAAGGAAGCAGCAAAUCCUUCUUCCUAACCACUUCUUUGUUAUUAGAGGUGUCCUCCGUUGUGCAGACUGUCACAGCACAGCGUCCCUAAGGGGACUCAAAUAGCACACCUCAGUUAACGCCUGCUUUUCUCUGUCUUAUGAUCAGAUGCAUUCUUAUUCUUUGUUAGCUUCUUGCGGCCCCUCAGUGGGGUCUGCCCUUUUGAAAGGCCCUUUAAAAAGAUGAUUACCCCACUAAGUUCUCUUUGUGUUCAGUCUUCAACUCCUUAGAUGGAAAUCAUUGAAAUUCUCAAUAGCAUUGAUCAUUGAGCUGCAUGGUCAUGUAUGUCAGUUACAAAAAUACCAGUGGGCUUUUGAGAUAACAUCAGUUUCUUCCCAGCCAGAGUUCACCCACGCCAGCUCCAUCCAGUUUCCCUCUCAGUGUGCUUGUCUGCAGUUAUUGUCUGUGUAGUGAGGGCUGUGAGUUACUGUCAGCCUGCCACCAUCGUGGAGGAGAAUCUGUUAGCCAGCAGCAGGAGGAAACUGCAUAUUCCUUCGUCAGUAUUAAUUCAUUCUGGACCAAUUGCCAGAUACCCAAUCAAUUGUAGCAAUUUUAAGACAGGUCAGUUAAAACCAAAGCUUCUAGAAUGUUCCAUUAAAAUUAAAUGGAAGAAAUCAUUCCAAAAUCAGGUUAAUGAGAAUUUUUCUGUCUCAAAAUUUCAGACGAGUUUAAGUCUGAAGCGCUGGGCCAGAGCAGUAGAUGCAGUGACCGCUAAAGCCCCUUCCAGCCCUGAGAUCUGGGGAUUAAAGUGGCGACACGAACUGCCAAGGUGUUGUUGGAUUACUAGGCUGCAACAGGAGAGGCACUAGCGGGCGGCCAAACCUGUCUGCAUCCAGUAGGAGGCAACUAAGAAGACAUCACAAGAUCUGUUACACACACACACACGCACAUGCACGCGUGUGUGCACGUGCUAAGUUUCUAAAGUAAAGUGUACUCAGGUUUCACCUCUUAGAAUAUCCUUUCAUAAGCAGCUAUAAGUUUUGAACCAAGGGAUUUUUGGUUGGUUGGUUGAUUUUUUUGAAUAUGUAAUACAAUCUGUCGUUCAAUUUUUUUUAAAAAAUGCAUGUGCAUGAGUGUGUGUUUGUGUGUAAGAAAGAGGUUUGCGUCCCACUCUUUCUCCAUCUGCCCAGCUUCCAGUGUCCCUUCCCCUGCCACCACACUGCCCCAGGUAACAGCGUUUUAUUAUGUAUGACUUCCUUGAGGCAGAUAUGAGCCUUAUUUCCUCACUCACACAGGAGGCAGCAUAUCAAGUCCACACACUGUUCUGCACCUUAACGUUUUCAGUUUCUCUUGGCGAUCUUUCUAUAUUAGUAGAGAGUUUCUUUUCCUUUCAUUUUUUUUAAGCUGCACAGUAUCCCUUUAAUAUUUAGUCCCCUAUUAAUUUUUAGUCCCCUGUUCACACGCGUUUGGGUUGUUUCUGACCUCUUGUAAUUGCAGCCAGUUGAGUCCAAGUGGCUGAAGGGACUCGGGAGGCAGGUUGCUGUGUUGGCAUUAGAUGAGCAAGGAAGGAAGGUCCUGGGGUGUCAGGAGGGCCCGAGAGCUGCCGAGGCCAGGUUUCCCCGUGUGUGUGUGUGUGUGUGUGUGUGUGUGUGUGUGUGUGUGUGUGUGUGUGUGUGUGUGUGUGUGUGUGUGUGUGUGUGUGUGUGUGUGUGUGUG